UGAGAGCCAGACCAAAGCUCAGAGGAACCCACCUGGACCUCCACCCAGCUGUGUGAACUAUGAUAGCAACCGAGUGAAAGAUGUCAUUAAGAAAUUUGAACAAAGACAAUCAUCUGGUAAUCAUAUAUGUCAGAGACUCAAACCUGGACCUGAACCCAGCUGUGUGACCUUAAGGAGUGAUGUGUCUAAAGAAGACUUGAUUGAUUUUAAAGUUCAGCAGACGUCUGCUGCAGAGAGUAUGGAAAAGGAGAGCACAGAGGUUCCCAGUGGUCAGUCUGCCCAGCAGCAUCAAACACACCUGGACUCCAUAUUUAUGCUACUGGAGAACAACAUCAUCACUUUUGUGAAGAACGAGCUGAAGAAGUUCCAGAAGGUUCUGAACCCAGAAAACGCAGGAUUGUUAUAUAGUCAGUUAGAAGAUGGGGAGGUAUUGGAAUGUGAGGAUAAAGAGCAGAGGAGGAGCACCAGAGAGGCAUUUGUGAAGAUCACACUAGACUUCCUGAGGAGAAUGAAGCAGGAGGAGCUGGCUGACCGUCUCCAUAACCGUAAGAGAAUAUUUGUAAGCAAACUUAAAUUGAAGCUGAAGAAGAAGUUCCAGUGUGUGUUUGAGGGCAUCGCUAAAGCAGGAAACCCAACCCUUCUGAAUCAGAUCUACACAGAGCUCUACAUCACAGAGGGAGGGACUGCAGAGGUCAAUGAUGAACAUGAGGUCAGACAGAUUGAAACAGCAUCCAGGAAACCAGACAGACCAGAAACAACAAUCAGACAAGAAGACAUCUUUAAAGCCUCACCUGGAAGAGAUGAACCAAUCAGAACAGUGCUGACAAAGGGAGUGGCUGGCAUUGGGAAAACAGUCUUAACACAGAAAUACACCCUGGACUGGGCUGAAGGCAAGGCCAACCAAGACAUCCAGUUCAUAUUUCCAUUCACUUUCAGAGAGCUGAAUGUGCUGAACAACAAAAGGCUGAGCUUGGUGGAACUUGUUCAUCACUUCUUUACUGAAACCAAAGAAGCAGGAAUCUGCAGCUUUGAAGAAUUUGAGGUUGUGUUCAUCUUUGAUGGUCUGGAUGAGUGUCGACUUCCUCUGGACUUCCACAAUGCUUUGACAAUGACUGACGUUACACAAUCUGCCUCCGUGGAUGUGCUGCUGACAAACCUCAUCUGGGGGAACCUACUUCCUGAUGCUCGCCUCUGGAUAACCACACGACCUGCAGCAGCCAAUCAGAUUCCUCCUUUGUGCACUGACAUGGUGACAGAGGUCAGAGGGUUCACAGAUUCACAGAAGGAGGAGUAUUUCAGGAAGAGAUUCAAAGAUGCGGAGCAGGCCAACAGGACCAUCUCCCACAUCAAGACAUCACGAAGCCUCCACAUCAUGUGCCACAUCCCAGUCUUCUGCUGGAUCACUGCUACAGUUCUGGAGGAUGUGCUGGAAACCAGAGAGGGAGGACAGCUGCCCAAGACCCUGACUGAGAUGUACAUCCACUUCCUGGUGGUUCAGGCCAAAGUGAAGAAUGUCAAGUAUGAUGGAGGAGCUGAGACAGAUCCACACUGGAGUCCAGAGAGCAGGAAGAUGAUUGAGUCUCUGGGAAAACUGGCUUUUGAUCAGCUGCAGAAAGGAAACCUGAUCUUCUAUGAAUCAGACCUGACAGAAUGUGACAUUGAUAUUGGAGCAGCCUCAGUGUACUCAGGAGUGUUCACACAGAUCUUUAAAGAGGAGAGAGGACUGUACCAGGACAAGGUGUUCUGCUUCAUCCAUCUGAGUGUUCAGGAGUUUCUGGCUGCUCUUCAUGUCCAUCUGACCUUCAUCAACUCUGGAGUCAAUCUGCUGGUAGAACAACAAAUAACCUCCCAGAAGUGUGAAAUCAGACAAUCAUGUGCAGGGACAAACUUCUACCAGAGUGCUGUGAACAAGGCCUUACAGAGUCCAAAUGGACACCUGGACUUAUUCCUACGCUUCCUCCUGGGUCUUUCGCUGCAGACCAAUCAGACUCUCCUACGAGGCCUGCUGACACAGACAGGAAGUUGCUCACAGACCAAUCAGGAAACAGUCCAGUACAUCAAGGAUAAGCUCAGUGAGAAUCUGUCUGCAGAGAAAAGCAUCAAUCUGUUCCACUGUCUGAAUGAACUGAAUGAUCGUUCUCUAGUGGAGGAGAUCCAACAUUCCCUUAGUUCAGGAAGUCUCUCCACAGAUGAACUGUCUCCUGCUCAGUGGUCAGCUCUGGUCUUCAUCUUACUGUCAUCAGAAAAAGAUCUGGAUGUGUUUGACCUGAAGAAAUACUCUGCUUCAGAGGAGGCUCUUCUGAGGCUGCUGCCAGUGGUCAAAGCCUCCAACAAAGCUCUGUAA